GAAAAAAACAAAAUAAAAAAGAAGAAUCAGCUUGACCUCCCUUUUGUGAAGCACCCAAAAUCUUAGAGAUGGAUAUUUGAUAGAUUUCCCUUUGAUCUCCUUUUCUCUUUAAAGAAAAAUUGGUUUUCGAUUCCAUUUUCAAUUUUAUAUAUUUUGGAUUAGAUUCGGUUGGUCUUAGGGAAAAACAAAGGAAAGGGCAAUGUCAACCCCAGCAAGGAAGAGGCUGAUGAGAGACUUCAAGAGACUACAGCAAGAUCCACCUGCUGGUAUUAGUGGGGCUCCUCAAGAUAAUAAUAUCAUGUUUUGGAACGCUGUCAUUUUUGGGCCUGAUGAUACUCCUUGGGAUGGCGGUACGUUCAAGCUGACUUUGCAGUUCAUGGAGGAUUAUCCAAAUAAGCCUCCAACCGUUCGGUUUGUCUCACGGAUGUUUCAUCCAAAUAUCUAUGCAGAUGGGAGUAUUUGUCUCGAUAUUUUACAAAAUCAGUGGAGUCCUAUAUAUGAUGUUGCCGCUAUACUCACUUCGAUUCAGUCUCUUCUUUGUGAUCCGAACCCGAACUCUCCAGCAAACUCGGAAGCGGCUCGUAUGUUUAGUGAGAAUAAGCGGGAAUACAACCGAAGAGUGCGCGAAAUAGUGGAGCAGAGCUGGACUGCUGACUGAAUUGCAGUAUUAGCAAUGGUAACCUGCCAUCAUUCUCUGAAAAAUAAGAAAUGCCAUACUGGCAGUGCUGCUGCUGUCACCGCCACUGCUGCCAGUGCCGGUGGUGGUGAACUCGAAAACCAUUUCUCCAUCCUAUUAUUGUACAUUUGUUGGGUGAUUAUUCUCUUUGAAUGACUUGAUUUCUGCCUCCUAAAUAGCCCCUGCCAUUAUUGGUUUCUUGAAUUCUAAAACUAUUCUUUGCUCUUCAUUCCUAAGACUAAAAGUGUUUGUUUGGUAAUUUUUUGUAUGAUUAAUAUUUGCUUAAUCCGAUUAAUCUGAUUGUUGUCUUUCA